AUGGGACAGACUGUCACCACCCCCUUGAGCCUCACGCUUGACCACUGGUCAGACAUGAAGGCACGAGCUAACAACGAAGGAGUUGUAGUCAAAAAGAAUAAAUGGAUCACCCUUUGCGAGGCCGAAUGGGUCAUGAUGGAUGUAGGAUGGCCUCGCGAGGGAACCUUUAACCUCAGUCUUAUUUAACAGGUGGAGGGAAAAGUUUUCGCUCUGAGUCCCCAUGGUCACCCGGACCAGGUCCCAUACAUCGCCAUAUGGAGACUCCUGGCGACCGAACCCCCCCCCGUUAGGCCGUUCCUCUCCCCUCCAGCGCCCCAGGCCUGCCCCCCGAUGGCACCACCGCCCCCUCUCGCCCCUCCUGCCUCCUCCCUUUACCCUGUUCUCCCAUGAAAGGAUCCCCCUAAGACCCCUGUCCUUCCCCCAGACCCCAAUACACCUCUUAUUGACCUCCUGAUAGAGGACCCACCGUCAUACCCGGGGAAUUGGGGGCCAGAGGGACCGGCGGCCCCCGAACAUCCUCUACAGAGAGAGCGGGAGGAUGAGGCUCCGGCUCCCUCCCCAAUUGCUCCGGCUCCCUCCCCAAUUGCCGGUCGCCUCCGAGGAAGGCGCGACGAACCAGCCAAAGAAUCCAGGGCCUUCCCUCUCCGGGAGGGCCCCAAUCACCAGCUCCAAUACUGGCCAUUUUCGGCCUCUGAUUUUUACAACUGGAAGCAACAUAAUCCUCCUUUCUCUAAGGACCCUGUUGCCUUGACUAACCUGAUUGAGUCCAUUUUAGUGACCCACCAGCCUACGUGGGACGACUGUCAGCAGUUAUUGCAGACCCUCCUGACAGUGGAGGAGAAGCAGCGAGUCUUCUUGGAGGCUCGGAAGCAGGUUCCUGGAGACGAUGGAAGACCCACCCAAUUGCCUAAUAUCAUUGAUGCAGCCUUUCCCCUCACCCGCCCGAACUGGGACUUUAUGACCCCAGAAGGUAGGGAGCACCUACGUCUCUAUCGCCAGUUGCUCUUAGCGGGUCUCCGGGGGGCUGCUAGACGCCCUACCAAUUUGGCUCAGGUUAGAAAUGUGAUCCAGGGAAAGGAUGAGACACCGGCAGCAUUCUUAGAAAGACUCAGAGAAGCCUAUAGGAUGUAUACCCCGUACGAUCCAGAAGACCCAGGACAGGCGCCGGGCGUCAUCUUGUCUUUCAUCUAUCAGUCAAGUCCAGAUAUAAGGGCCAAAUUACAGAGACUAGAGGGAUUUCAUUCCUUCAGUUUGUCAGAUUUAUUGAGAGAGGCAGAGAAAGUGUUUAAGAAGAGAGAAACUCCCGAAGAGCGGGAGGAGAGGAUGUGGCAGAAACAGGAAGAAAGGGAUAAGAAAUGUCACAGAGAAAUAAGUAAAGUCCUGGCUGUAAUAUCUCAGGGACAGGGUAGAGAGGGAGUUAGGACGGGAGAUCAAAGAAGGAUACCGCUUGACAAAGACCAGUGUGCUUACUGCAAAGAGAGAGGACAUUGGGCUCGUGAUUGCCCAAGGAAACCUCAAGGGUCUCGGAGAACUAAGCCAAGGGCCACGGACCUCCUCAAUCUGGAGGAUUAGGGAAGUCAAGCAGGAGCCCCCCCCCCCCCCGAGCCUAGGAUAACUCUCAAGAUCGGGGGGCAGCCAGUAACCUUCUUAGUGGACACCGGGGCUCAACAUUCAGUCCUGACUCAUACCGGAGGCUCUCUCAGUGACCGCACAGCUUUGGUCCAGGGGGCCACGGGCAGCAGAAGGUAUCGAUGGACCACCGAGAGAAAGGUUCAGCUGGCAUCUGGACAGGUAACCCACUCUUUUUUGCAUAUACCUGAUUGCCCUCACCCAUUAUUGGGCCGAGACCUGUUGACUAAGCUCAAGGCUCAGAUCUAUUUUGAUGACAAGGGGUCGACUGUUACGGGACCCAAAGGGACCCCCCUACAAGUCCUAGCCCUAAAAUUGGAAGAAGAAUACCGCCUGUUUGAAUCCGAGCCCCCUAAGGGGCCACCACAAGAGAUGCAGGACUGGUUGAGAGAAUUUCCCUCGGCAUGGGCCAAGACUGGUGGCUUGGGGCUGGCUCACGACCAACCCCCACUUGUUAUUCAGUUAAAAGCCUCCGCCACUCCCAUUUCAAUCAAACAGUAUUCCAUGUCCCGGGAAGCCCACGAGGGCAUUAAACCACACAUCCGGAGGCUCUUGGACCAGGGGGUACUUAUGCCCUGUCGAUCCCCUUGGAAUACCCCCCUCCUGCCUGUAAAAAAGCCUGGGACAGGGGAUUACAGACCGGUUCAAGACUUGAGGGAGGUUAAUAAACGAGUUGAAGAUAUACACCCCACGGUGCCAAACCCUUACAACCUCCUCAGCACUCUUCCACCAACCCACAUUUGGUAUACGAUACUGGACUUAAAGGAUGCCUUCUUCUGUCUGAGAUUGCAUCCCCAGAGCCAGCUGCUAUUUGCUUUUGAAUGGAGGGACCCAGAGAUGGGACUCUCAGGACAGUUGACCUGGACUCGGCUCCCCCAGGGGUUUAAGAACAGCCCGACCCUCUUUGAUGAAGCCCUACACUCAGACCUGGCCGAGUUCCGGGUCAAACACCCAGCCUUAAUCUUGCUUCAAUAUGUGGAUGACCUCCUCCUAGCGGCCAGAACCCAGGCUGAAUGUUUAAGAGGCACUCGGGCCCUUUUGGCUAAACUGGGACAGAAGGGCUAUCGGGCUUCGGCCAAGAAGGCCCAGAUUUGCCAAAGCAGAGUCAUUUACCUGGGUUACACCCUGGAGGGAGGACAGAGAUGGCUCACGGAAGCAAGGAAGGAGGCCAUAAUCUCCAUACCCCCUCCAAGAAACCCCCGCCAGGUGCGGGAGUUCCUAGGUACAGCCGGCUACUGCCGCCUCUGGAUCCCGGGUUUUACUGAGAUGGCUGCCCCUCUGUAUCCUCUCACCAAGCCCGGGGUCCUGUUCCACUGGGGAGAGGAACAACAACAGGCCUUUCAACGAAUUAAGAGACUCGAGUCACCAGCCCUUGGUCUACCAGAUCUGACUAAGCCCUUUGAACUGUUCGUGGACCAGAACUCAGGCUUUGCAAAAGGGGUGCUGGUACAGAGACUGGGGCCAUGGAAGAGACCUGUAGCCUAUCUAUCCAAGAAAUUAGACCCGGUAGCUGCAGGUUGGCCCCCUUGUCUGCGCAUGGUAGCCGCCAUUGCUGUCUUGCUCAAGGACGCAGGGAAACUGACUUUGGGACAGCCAUUAACUGUGUUAUCCUCCCAUGCGGUAGAAGCUCUGGUCCGGCAGCCCCCAGAUAAAUGGCUCUCAAAUGCCAGGAUGACCCACUACCAGGCUCUAUUGUUAGACACAGACCGAGUGAUGUUCGGACCAGUUGUCUCCCUCAACCCCGCAACCCUGAUGCCCUUGCCAGACCCAUCCGAGGAGCACAACUGCCUCCAGAUUCUGGCGGAGGCCCAUGGCACCCGCUCCGACCUAACAGAUCAACCGCUGUUGAACCCAGAUUUCAUCUGGUUCACGGAUGGGAGCAGCUUCCUCCAAGAAGGAGAAAGGAGGGCCGGAGCAGCCGUCACCACCGAAUCAGAGGUAAUUUGGGCCUCGCCGCUGCCGCCCGGAACAUCGGCCCAAAAGGCAGAGCUGGUUGCGCUGACCCAGGCCCUCCGGAUGGCGGAAGGUAAGAGACUCAAGGUCUAUACCGAUAGCAGAUAUGCCUUCACCACCGCCCAUGUUCAUGGAGAAAUCUACAGAAGGAGAGGCCUCCUGACCUCGGAGGGCAAGGAAAUUAAAAACAAAAAAGAAAUUUUAGACCUCUUAAGGGCAUUGUUCCUCCCACACCAGCUCAGCAUUAUACAUUGUCCCGGGCACCAAAAGGGUGACUCUGUCAUAGCUCGGGGAAAUCGGCUGGCUGAUCUGAUGGCCUGGACAGUCGCCUUACAAACCCCCAGGGGCGGCCAACUGUUGGUCUUGCAGGACCAACAGCCAAGCAGGGACCCCAUGCCCUACAGCCCAGAGGACCAGGAACUAGCAAAGAAAAUGGGGGCAGAAUGGAGCCCCGAGCGACAAGCUUACAUCAUGGAUGGCAAAUUAGUUAUGCCAACAUCCCACACCAAAUACUUGGUCAAGUUCCUUUACGCGCUAACCCAUUUAAGCAAAAACAAGAUGAAAGCCCUUCUGGCUGAUAAGGCUUCGGACACUGUAUUAUUGAAUCAAGAACAGGUCCUCCAACAGGUGACUUCCAGCUGCCCUGCUUGUGCUCAAGUUAAUCCAGGAAAAGCCCGUCUGAGCGGAGGGAGCCGUCUGUGAGGCCACCACCCUGGAGUCCAUUGGGAAAUUGACUUCACUGAGGUAAAACCCGGACUGUAUGGAUACAGAUACCUUCUGGUUUUUGUAGACACCUUUUCAGGAUGGACAGAGGCCUUCCCUACCAAGAAGGAGACCGCUAACAUGGUAACCAAGACUCCUGGAUGACAUCUUUCCCAGGUAUGGAAUGCCCCAGAUAUUGGGGUCAGACAAUGGUCCCGCCUUUGUCUCCCAGGUAAGUCAGAAGGUGGCCAGGCUAUUGGGGAUCGAUUGGAAACUCCAUGUGCAUACCGCCCCCAGAGCUCAGGACAGGUAGAACGCGCGAAUAGAACCAUUAAGGAGACUUUAACCAAAUUAACGCUUGCAACUGGCACUAGAGAUUGGGUGCUCCUACUCCCACUAGCCCUUUACCGAGCCCGGAAUACUCCUGGGCCUCACGGCCUAACCCCGUUUGAGAUUCUAUAUGGGGCUCCCCCACCAAUUGUAAAUUUCCUUCACCCUGAUAUCUCCUCUUUUGCCACUAGCCCUACCCUGGAGGCGCACCUCCAAGCCCUCCAACUGGUACAGAAGACGGUGUGGAAACCCCUGGCCGAUGCCUACCGGGAGCAACUGAACCGCCCGGUGGUACCUCACCCAUUCAAGAUUGGGGACUCUGUCUGGGUUCGACGCCAUCAAUCCAAGAACCUAGAGCCGAGAUGGAAAGGACCGUACAUCGUCUUGUUAACAACUCCCACCGCACUCAAGGUUGACGGGAUAGCGGCUUGGGUCCACGCGUCGCAUGUGAAGGCCGCCAAAGAACCCGACAAAGCGGAGAACGCCGAGACGUCUACAUGGAAGGUUCAACGCUCUCCAAACCCACUGAAGAUAAGACUUAUCAGAGGGGAGGGACCCUAA